ACUCAGUACGUGAUGCUCGUUUGAGGAUGAAUGAGCACAGCGACAAUUCAAUAUUUUGAAGUGAAUCAUGUUCAAAUACGUUGACUUUAGAUGCUUGGCUAUCGUCUUGACGGUCAUCAGACUCUUGUCACUGGGUGCCUUUGCUGAAGAAUGUCAGAAAAGUAUUAAGGCAAUGCCCUGGCCAAGCAUUUACGAAAACGUGGAGUUCUUUCCUUUUGGUGUUGUGUUUAUUGAUGGUGGAAGCAACUGCGAGCUUGACUUUGGUCCUUAUCUCAAUCAAACGAAGAAAGACGUAAUGUCGACAUUUUACUUGAACAUAGUGUGUGCAAAACCUACUCAAGUUAAGAUCAAAAACCCAUCCAACGUACAACGAAAAAACGUUAUAUCUUACAUAAUUGUAAGGAAAGCUUGCGAAAUUGACUUGGAGGGGCUGGCAGUGUUCAGUAACGCUACAGACUACAGGGUUUUGGCAAUGCUAGAAGGAGCAUUCAUGAAAACCCCAAACUCAAGCCAAGAAGUACAACAACUGCAAUCCCAAAUUAACAAGAUUGGUACUUUGACGAUACAAGGCGGAAGUAAAGGACUUCCAGAGAUUUUUGUUAAAUACAACUGGUCACUCAUGGCAGAAAUACAGUUUUUCAAACUUUCCAUACAAAGCUUGCCUAAGACUUUGAAAUUCUCUAUGCCUCGACUUCAAGGCUUGGAACUGUCACACAACGAGCUAGUAGAACCUCCAGACUUUCCUUGGGACGAUGAAGAGUUGCCUCUUCCAGGUAACUUAUCCAGAAAAGCUGUUUUUAAUGAACAGUACCAAGGCACGACGGAGGUCAAACCCAAUUUAUAUAGGAGGUUUCUUACACUCGACUUCAAUAAAAUCCAAAACCUUUCUCGGUUUGAGUUUCGAGGACACUUACAAAGGCUUUCCAUUAAAGGAAACGGACUCAAAGCCAUCGGGGAAAAUUGUCUGGUGCAUUUAACUGGAAUAAACGCUAUCGAUUUGAGUGUGAAUAAACUUGAUGCGUUACCAAAGGGCAUUUUUAGAGGUCUGAAGGAUUUAUUUCACUUGCGGCUAAAUAACAACAAUAUAACUGUCAUCCACGUUGAGACAUUCGCGGACUCGAAAAGGAUGAAAAAACUAUAUUUGAAUAAUAAUAAUAUCGAGAGAAUUUCCAAGGGAUUGUUGCUGCAACAUGAAGAUCUGGAAGAGCUGCAUUUACAGAAUAACUUGAUCGUCAAAGUGGAACACGGAGCUUUACCAAACAAYUCCAACAAACUAAAAAAUCUGAAUUUGAAUGGAAAUCAACUACARACGAUUCCAAGCGACGUUUUUCUUACUAGAAGCCUCGAGUCUGCUAAUCUAGCAAAUAAUGUCAUUACAUUUGAAGGGAUUAUAGAGACAUUACAUUCAAUUAUUAUAGAACGUUUAUUGAAUGUUUUAAGGAAGUCAGUUAGUGAUAUGUCUAGAGAGCUUAGAACUGAUUCGGUAUACAUUGAUUUGACCAACAAUAAUAUCAAAGCUAUGGAUACUAAUGAACUAACUAAAGAACAAAUGGUCAAAUUGGGGAUGGUUCUCCAGGUAUUCGAAAUGAACUUUAAGAACAACCCUAUACUGUGUGACUGCAGAGCCCUUAACAUUACACGCAUAAUCAAAGGGAUUAUAUCAAAGUAUUCUCAUAUCAACGAGAGACGUUUCCAGUCUUGGGUUUGUGCAGCACCACCUCAGUUGAAGGGGAAGCGGAUUGUAUCAAUUGCUGAAGAGAAUUUCGUGUGUGUGAGGAAUCUUUCCGGCUGUCCUGUGGAAGGAACGUGCUCGGUGAGGCAGACAGAUGGAAGUAUUAUCAUAGACGCUCGUGACAAGAAUCUAAAACAACUUCCGCAUAUGUUGCCCGUUGGAACCAAUCUCGAAAUCUUCCUAGACAAUAACCAAAUAACGGAACUGAGCAUGCGUGGUUACCUUGGCAACGUGAGUGUCCUUCAUCUAAGUCGGAAUAAAAUUCAACAAAUCAAUGAUUCGUUUAUCGAAAGCUUGACAAAAGUCAGACAACUCAGCAUCGACAGGAAUGAGCUCAAAAGGUUACCGAGGAGUAUUGAAUCGUUAACGUCACGCAAGACUUUUGUUAGUCUGGCUCUACAUUCGAACUAUCUUGAGUGUGACUGCCGAUCCAAGUGGAUGAAGGGAUGGUUAAUGAAUUCUUCGGAUAAGAUUAACGACAUUGAGAAUGUGAAGUGCGCUAGUGGGAUGUCUCAGGGAAGACCGAUCUAUCGCGUGCCACUGAAGGACUUCAUUUGCGAGGAAAAGAAAGUCGAAACAAAGUUUAACCCCCGUGGAAACAAUGACUUGCUGGUUAUAGUCUCAGUAACGUUGGGAGUACUUCUUGUCAUAAUUACCGCAGUUUUCAUGAUGGUUUACUUCUUCAGAGGAGAAAUGAAGGUGUUCAUUUACACGCACUUUGACUGGCAUCCAUUUGAUCGUAUCGACGAUUCCGACCCUUCAAAGAUAUACGACGCGUUUAUUUCUUACAGCAGCCAUGACCAAGAAUGGGUGCAUAACGAAUUGAAACAAAAACUUGAAGGUCACGAACCACCUUAUAAGAUUUGCUUCCAUGACAGAGACUUUGAAGUCGGAGCCAGCAUACAAGAUAAUAUAAUAAACAGUGUUAACAGGAGCAAGAGAAUGAUCAUGGUAUUGUCCAACAGGUUCUUAGAGAGCGAGUGGUGCAGGCUGGAAUUUCGAGCAGCACAUCAUAAGGUGCUCCAAGACAAAACAAACUACCUUAUAGUGAUCCUGUUCGAAGGGAUCGAUACAAAUGCGCUGGACGACGAGACGAGACUAUAUUUGCGAACCAAUACGUAUCUGAGUGUCACAAAUAAAUGGUUUUGGCAGAAGCUUUUGUAUUCUUUACCGAAGCCACAGGGAACAGUGAAGGAAAACCAGAGCCUGGGUGUACAGGGCUCGAGUCGUCAGAUGUCCAUAGAAAUAAAAGAGUAUGAUACCGCCAGUAGUGGGAAUGAAAAGAGAAAAGAGGGAAUGGAGGAAAGCAAAAUGUAAAGGAACUUCAGGAUUGGUCAGUUAACGAUGAAAAUCAAAUAUAAGUCAGGUCAAGGCUUACUCACAGAUCAAACCCUAAACAACCUCUUGGCUGAUCUAAGUCAGGGCGCGGCUAACUCACAGAUAGAACCCUGAAACAACCUCUGGGCUGAUCUAAGUCAGGGCACGGCUAACUCACGGAUAGGACCCCUGCAAACAACCUUCGGGCUGAUCUAAGUCGGGGCACGGCUAACUCACAGAUAGAACCAUGAAACAACCUCUGGGCUGAUCUAAGUCAGGGCACUGCUAACUCACAGAUAGAAC